AUGGAAGAGAUGGGAGCAUCGCCGGAGUCGGGGACGGCGUGCCGAGAAGGAACAAAUAAAGAAGACGGGGGCAGGGCGGAGAUGGGGAGCCCUCUGGGCGCGUGGCCGUCGUACAACCCGCACAACUUCAGCCAGCUCGUCCGUGCCGACCCCUCCGCGCAGCCCUCGGUCGUGAUAACAACGGAGGCCAGGAACAUCCUGCUGAGGCACUUCUACCGGAAAUCCGAGGAGAAGCUGAGGCCAAAGAGAGCUGCUCCGGACAACCUCGCUCCGGAGAACAACAACAAGCAGCCCAGGGGACCUGUGGGCGACGUCGGGGGCCAGUCGAGCACAAGUAGCUGA